AUGUUAACGCUGGUGGAUUCGGAAUGCAAAGAUUUUUCAAAAAACAUAAUGGAAGAUGAAACUAAUGAAAUGAGAAAUGAUAGAGAUAAUUAUGAGAAAGAGAAAUAUCCUGCAAUAGCAAGUGGAGAAAUAUUGAGAACUGUGCUUCUUUCUGCAGAGGAUGACAAUGAUAUUGAUUCUGAAGAUGAUGAUGUAUCUUCUGAGCUUUUAUCCAUUGAAAAUGAUUCUGAAACCACUAAUGAAUCCACUGUCAGUGAUUGGAAUGAUUUAAAAGUUGACUCACCUUUAUCAUAUGUCACUUCUGUACCUAAUAACAGAAAGUAUAUAAUAAUAACAACUCAUUUGGAGUCAGAUAAUGCAAUAAUGACAAAGAAAUUAUCCAAUGAACGUUCUUUAACUAGUAAGAAAUCUAUGUCGCGACAUCAUUCGAAACGACACAAUAAAAUGCUGUUGUUAAGAAAACUCUUACCCAAACAUGAACCAAUAGUUGAAAUAAAAGAGGAAGAACAUUCAAUUAUUUCUACUGACAUAGAUGAACGUGUGCCAACAAUUGAAGAAGUAGACUACGAAGAAUCUUCUGUGGAUCAACAAAAUAUUCCAGAUUCCAAAGAUAAUGUUGGCUGGUUACAAAAUUUUAGACCUUUGCCAUUAUAUUAUACAGAAAGGGGUAAACCUUACCUUAAAUGCCCAGCCUGUGGUGCAAUGUUUUUUACUUCACAUUCAUUCCAAAAACACUUGUACUCUCAUAUGUAUAAGGAAAAUGAUACUUUCGUAUGUUCCUUUUGCAAUUACACAAACACUGAACCUGGCAUGUUAUUUGCUCAUUUAUCUAAACAUCAAGACCAAUGCGAAUUUUGUAAUGAAAAUUUAAUGCGCAAAAAUAAUUUUGAAAAACACUGGGACAUAAGAGUUUCAAACUUUACUAUGAAGAGAGAUCAUAGAGGAAGAUUUGUAUGUACUUUUUGCAAAUUAGUAUUUGAUCUGUUACCACAGUUAGAAAAGCAUUGGUUUAAACAUGCAUGCAAGAGAGAAAGAACUUAUCAAUGUAAGGAAUGUAGUGGAUUGUAUGAAAGCAGAGAAACACUAAAUAAUCAUAAAUGUAUGAAGUGCCCUGUUUGUGGUAAAGUUUAUGACAGUUUACAUCGAUUAAAAGCACAUACAAUGUGGACAAAGCAUAAUUUAAAAUGUCCAAUUUGUUCUUACGAAUUUAUUCUUGCUAUGGAUCAUGAAAAGCAUUUAGCGUUACAUAGACAAACGUAUCGUUUUAUGAAAGAUUAUGAACACUGUUUGCAGGCAACAGAUGGAAAGACAUUCCAGUGCAAUCUUUGUGACAAAAUAUUUUACGCCUUACCUUCGCUAGUUUUGCAUCUUCAGGAAGAUCAUGACAUUGAAAAUGUUAAGAAGGAGGUAUUAAAAGACGAAUAUAAUGUAGAGCAAAAGGAAGAAUCUGUCAGUGAAAUAAUACUUCGUGAACUAAAAAACGAAUCCGCAAGUUAUGCUAGUGGAAACGGUAAUAUAACAUUAGCAAACGACAAAGUCGAAUUACAGAACGUAAUUUCACAUCGAGUAGAUGAAAAUUAUAAAACGGUAGAAGAUCUGAAAGCUACAAAUAUCGCUAAAAUUUACCCGCAACCAUAAAAUGCGUUGUUGCUAUAAAUCAGUAACACUGUUGCACAUAUUAAAUACAAUUAAAUAUGACUGGCAACAAACAAUUGAUAAAUUAUCGAUAAGUACAAUCGAUCUUAUCUGAUCAAAAAGUUCUGAAAUAAGCCACUACACAUUACAGUUUCAUCUCGCUUUCUCCCAAGAAUAAAUAUAUACAA